AUGGAUACCCCACGCAGAGCUUCUGGUGACUCCCCGGACGUCUCCAUGGAUGUCUCCACGCCGCAACAGAAACAGGACGUCCAACCUCAGCCUCCGAGCGAAACCACAACCCUCCGAGCUAAAACCGAUGCCGAUUUCAACGUCCAAUCCCCCGAAAGAGCCGCGCUGCUCCAGCAGUUGUCCAACGCCCCGAACGGGAAGUGGGUAUCUACAUCAUUCUGGGCCUGCCUCCAGGUCUGCGAUCUUGGCAAUCUAGCGUAUAUACUCGACCUGGCACACCAUGACCCCGUCUUCUUUGCUGAGAUCUCAGACCUGUGUGUCGAUCUCCCAAAGAAAUGGCUUGAAGACCACGCCGCGUUCUACAGCAUUGCCUCUGGGGCGUCCAGCACCUCCCGAGACAGCCUAUCCAAGUGUCUGCGCAUCGUCGCGAGAAGCCGAGACUCUCACCAGUGUGUCUUGAGCGGCACAAAAAAGACAUACCAGCCUAUCUGGAUCUUCCCGGAGAGACUAACUCGACCAGCCUUCGAAAUCGACUACCACUCCCCUAGCAUCUGGCGAUACAUCGAGGUCUUCUGGGACCAGUCGACAACUCAGCGAUGGCGCGAUGCCGUCUUCAAUAACCCCUCCAAUGCAACAAAUGCAACCAGUGGAAGCUCGAGCCUCAUUUGUCUGCGAAACGACCUGGCCUACGGCUUCAAGUCCGGGCAAUACGGCCUGCGCCCCGUCGAAUUGUCCCAGGACAAGCGUGAACUAGAGGUAGAGUUCCACUGGCUUCCACGGGAGAGCCACGGCUUUGGAGAUUUGGUGGAUAUGCGGAAGCAGCCGCUUUCAUACAAGGAUCUGGACAACUUUGAGGGACUGAAGUUCUCUCCGACAGGAUCGGACGAGCUGGUGAAGUCGGGACAUCGGUUCAAGUUGGUCACCAAUGACCCUUACCAACGACCGCUCCCGGAUUUCGACUUGCUGGAUAUGGCAUGGCACUUCUCGCGGAUUGUCGCCAUGUCGUCGGCGAUUGAGUUCGUUAGCUCUGCGCAGGCGGGAAAAGGACCAGACAGCGAUGAUGAUGAUCGAACCCUGCGGGGCCUUUUCGAGCCGGCGCGUCGGUUGUCGUCGAAUUUCGACCCUACGCAGAGGACUGCUGAGUGGGUUGCGAGCAGUGCGGUGUGA